AUGGCUGCUUGUGCUCCAGCCAUCACGUGUGCAUUUGACCAGGAAGAAAGAGACGAGGAAAGAAGAAGGACUGGGCUGACCACUAGCGCUGACCACCGCAAGGUGCUGUCUUCCAGGGGGCCCGUGGGCUCCAAGCUGCUGGACACUCCCCCCUCAACCUGGGGCCCCAUCGGAGCGCCUGGCAUCCCGGCUCCCGACGAGGGCCGGCCAGGGUUCACGGGGCUGAGGACGGUGGAGGGGGUGGGUAAGGUGAGGUUGCUGACAAGAAGGGUGGACUGCCUGUCUUUGCAUUGUGGAGGGUCUGACCGCAGACCCUGGUCCGGCUCUGACCCACCACGGCCCUGCUCUCCCACAGGAGCCUUCUGUAUUCCCCUGUAUGUGCCCUAUGUGCUGACUGGCCGCUGGCCCUUCGGCCGGGGCCUCUGCAAGCUGUGGCUGGUGGUGGACUAUCUACUCUGCACGUCCUCCGUCUUCAACAUUGUGCUCAUCAGCUAUGACCGGUUCCUGUCCGUUACCCGCGCUGUCUCUUACCGGGCCCAGCAGGGCAACACGCGGCAGGCGGUGUGGAAGAUGGCGCUGGUGUGGGUGCUGGCCUUCCUGCUGUACGGGCCGGCCAUCCUCAGCUGGGAGCACCUGUCGGGCGGCAGCUCCAUCCCCGAGGGCCACUGCUACGCGGAGUUCUUCUACAACUGGUACUUCCUCAUCACGGCCUCCACACUCGAGUUCUUCACGCCCUUCCUCAGCGUCACCUUCCUCAACCUCAGCAUCUACCUGAACAUCCAGAGGCGCACCCGCGACCGGCUGGACGGGGUCCGAGAGGUAGCCCUGGGGGGCAGUGGAGGGGGCACGGCAAACUCGCCCACCUCCAGCUCAGGCAGCUCCUCGCGGGGCACAGAGCGGCCUCGCUCGCUCAAGAGGGGCUCCAAGCCGUCGGCGUCCUCUGCGUCACUGGAGAAGCGCAUGAAGAUGGUGUCCCAGGGCAUCACCCAGCGCUUCCGGCUGUCUCGGGACAAGAAGGUGGCCAAGUCGCUGGCCAUCAUUGUGAGCAUCUUUGGACUCUGCUGGGCCCCAUACACCCUCCUGAUGAUCAUCCGGGCUGCCUGCCACGGCCACUGCGUCCCCGACUACUGGUAUGAGGCAUCCUUCUGGCUACUGUGGGCCAACUCAGCAGUCAACCCGAUCCUCUAUCCACUGUGCCAUUACAGCUUUCGCCGGGCCUUCACCAAGCUGCUGUGCCCCCACAGGCUCAAGGUCCAGCCUCACAGCUCUCUGGAGCACUGCUGGAAGUGAGCUGGCGACCCAGGCCCCUCUGCCCACACCGUGGUUUCUGGGCAGCCGCCGCCUCCUCUUCGGCCCACACUUUUGCCAUGUGGCCUCUCUUAGACCACCUGCCUGCCGUGGAGGCAGCUUGGUGAGCUGGCUCAGGACCCUACUGCCUGAACUGGAAUGUGAGUGGCUAGCCCUGCCACCCAAAUCCUAACUCUUCCCCAGGAGGGACAAUCUGGGGGUCUUAGCCACAAUGUCCACCUCCCCACAGACAGUGUGGCAACCAGUGGGUCCACCGUUUGCACAGUUACUGCUUGGUGUUCUUCCCAAAGCAAGCGCGUGGCGUGUGCUCCAUGCUUUCUACCCAGCAGUUUGCUCCUGCAUGUGCGCGCACGCUUGCACACACCUGCACACCUUCCCUUGCUCCAGACCAGCCUGGGCUCCCGGCUCUGCAGCCAUCUGCCCCUUCUUAAGCCCGGCCCGACUCCUUCAGCCCUCUUUCCUCCAACUCUCUCUGCCCCCAAAGUGCCAACAGCUUGCUGCUGUUCUCCGCUUUUCCAUUCUGGGUGUUGCAGGAAGACAAAGAAGAGGAAAACACAUCUGUGAACUCGAUGUUCCUUGGAUGUUUAAUCAAGAGAGACAAGAUUGCAGAGGAGCUCAGGGCAGGAUUGGCAGGUGUGGGCUCCCACGCCCUCUCCUCGUGCUGCUGUUUCCGGCUGAGCUGCACCAGCCACUUCUGCCCACCCUGCCCCUGGCUCGGAUGCUGGGCCGGACUGGUGGCUCUGAAAGUGGUCAAAGCCCAGAUACCUGCUGUCAGCAGGCUGCCACCCCACUUCCUCUGCUCAACCCGUGUUUCCUAGGGCUGACGGUCCGAGGGCCCCGGCCCUGCCCCGAGGGUCCUGAGGCUUGCAGGGCAGGCAGAGGGACCAGGCCCGGGUGCCCAGUGGAGGGUCCGCUUCGCCACAUUCCGUGCACCCGUGGCACCCUGCAUGUUCCAUGUCCCCUGGACCUGUUGAGCCGGCCCUGUAGACUCUGAGGUCCACAGUAAAGUGUAUUUUUUUAUUGGUG